AUGGCGACAGCGAUCGGACCUAACCCUGAGGAUCAAGUUCUUCGAUACCAGUCUCCCAGCAACCAACCCUACGAGGGUUUGGUCUCCUCCACGCGCCACUGCGACGUGCACGACGGGCGCGUCCUCGCCGGCCCGAUCGAUCGAGCAUCGACCAUGUCGCACGUCUCAUCUACGGCGGGGCGGUGGAGCGUCGCUCGCGCUCGCGCGGCGUCCGACUCGGCCGCCAAGGCGCGGAGCGUUCGCGGCAAUCGCCCCCGACGAAUCCUCCACGACGGCGAGCAUCGUCGCGUCGGCGCCCGCGUCGCUCCGCGCGCGAUCAAGAAGAGGAAGGAGGAGGAGAACCCGGAGUGGGCAAAGCACUGGAUCGACGGCGAGAUGCCCGACGGCGUCGACCGCGAGCUCGAGGCCGCGCUCCUCGAGAUGCUCGACAGACGCAGGGACGAGCUCUUCGGCGAGCCCCCUCCGGGCCCAUCCAUCGAGGAGCGCAUGAAGGCGGCGCUCGCGGAGGACACGCCGUUGCCGAAGAACCCCAACCCGUUGGAGCUGCCCCCGCUGCCGGACCUUCGAGAGCUCGCGGAGAUGUCCAACCUCUCCCUCACCGAUGAGGAGAUCGAGGACUUCACCCCGAAAGUGCACGGCAUCCUGAACUGGUUCGGGAAGCUCAACGAGGUGGAUCUGGACGCGAUGAACAAGGACGUCGAGCUGUACAGGGACAAGUGGGUCACCCCGCUCAGGCCCGACGAGCCCGAGGAUUUCGUCAACAUGGAAGGCAUCUACGAGAACGCGGGCGAGCGGUGGCAGGCGCCCUACAUCAAGGUUCCCUCAGUCGACAAGAAGGAGAAGGCGGCGGCGGCGAUGGAAGGGGCGGCGGCGCCGGAAGAAGGGGCGCCCGAAGAGGCGUCGGCUGCGGCCGGCGGCGGUGCCGCGGAGCUGACCCCGGAGGUGCUCGGCAUGGAGCUCCUCGUGGGUAAGGUGAUCAAGUGCGAGAAGCACCCGGACGCCGAUAAGCUCUACGUCGAGACGGUCGACUGCGGCGAACCGGGGGGGCCCCGGACCAUCUGCAGCGGCCUCGUCCCGUACAUGUCCGCCGCCGACAUCGACGGCAAGAACGUCGUCGUCGUCGCCAACCUCAAGCCGCGCAACAUGGCGGGGCUCACGUCCGCGGGCAUGCUGCUGUGCGCCAACAACGGCGGGGACGGGGACGCGAGGAGGGUGGAGCUGCUGUUGGCGCCGGAUGAAGCCGUCGUUGGGGAGAGGCUCACGUGGGGCGACGCCGCCAACGAACCGCCGCACGGGGGUAACAAGAUCGCGAAGAAACGGAUCUGGGAGGCGGUGCAGCCGGACCUCGGGGUGAACGGCGCGUGCGAGGCGGGGUGGCGGGGCGUCGUGCUGACCUCGUCGGCGGGGGCCGUGAAGUGCGCGAGCAUCAAGGACGGCGGCGUGUCUUGA